AUGGCCACAAAGACUCAAGCCACGGCGGCAUUUCUUCUUUUGAAUCUAAUGUUCUGCACAUUCGCCUCUGGACAAGGGAUACCUUUACUUCCUAGUAUUCCUGUACUUAAAUGCGUCGCGCAGCUCGGGGAAACCGUCGCCUGCGGCCUUCUACUCAAUCUCCUCAGGAUCGGAAGUUUCAGCGCGCUACUUAAUGCAACCUGUUGCGCUUUGUUCGCGUCUCUCACGAGUGGGGAGACAGCCCAAUGCCUCUGCAUCGGGAUAAGGCUUCGGCUUCUUGGUCUCAACGUGAGCAUUCCUGGUGACAUUAAUCUGAUACUGCAGUCGUGUGGCAAGAAUAUCACUAUCGGAGGUUGUCCAUAG